CGCAGACAAGAGAACUGCCUCUGUCUUGAAACGUUACCCAUCACUUCCGGGCUGAUAACAAGGGCCAUAGAUGCCCUCAUAUUUCCACUAAAAUCACUUAGUUUUAUGUAUACUUUGGCACCAUAGCUUUGAUGUUUGGGCGUGACAUGAUGACAAAAGCCAGCAAAUGAUUUUUGUGUAUUGACGAAAUUAUUCCAAGAGCCGCGAGAAUAGCGGGCGAGAAAGAGGUGAGAUUGCAUUGUCUGGGCUCUCGAUUCUUGCAGAUGUGCUGCAAUGUUAGCUAGCUAACGUUAGCUGGCUAGCAAUGCUGUUUCGUAGCUUGCUACCUAUCUCUCAACGAAUAAUGAAAUGUUAUUCGAUGUAAUUGAAAUGAGACUAGUGCCAACUCGCUUUGGUCAAAACGUUUUUUGUUAUAAGUUAGCUAGCUGUGUAUCUUUCUUAUCCACAGCACAGCUGUAAUGCCGGGCUGAUGAUGAUGAUGAUGAUGAUGAUGAUGAUGGUGAUGCUAACGUCGAUAGCAUUUGAUAGGCGCUGUCUUGCGUCCCUCCCGCUGUCUGACAGCGUUAAAGUAAGCUGCUAGGUAGCUAACUAGCAAGCAUACACGGUAGUUGUGACAAAAGGGCUUCUUCAUGGCAGUUUGAGAGUAUUGAUCUACCCAUUUAUAUCACGUUUGAUUGCAUUGUAUUAGGAUCUAGCUAGCUAUUUGGGUUGUUUGUUAGUUAACUAGCGUAAGCAAUGUUUUUUUUUUGUGUAUGUUUAAAAAAAAUCUAUCUAGCUAACAUACUGGUAACAUAACAGGUAGCUAUGGUCUGACUGUGUGACCCAGUUCAGGAUUUAGGAUGGUCAGGUACUUUGAUUUGAUUAACCUAUGCCAGUAACUAAUGCUAUGGCACCACAUGAGCCAUCUUUCACAUCUUGUUAACUAAAAAUACUUGAACUGUUGUGCAAACUGUGUUUAUGAUGACACUGGUGGACAGUGGUGGAUUGCGCCAGAUUAUCUGACCUUUUUUGUUUUUAAUUAACAACAGACACAUUAUCUCUCUCUCAAGGACUCUAGGAAUGUUGUCUUGUCUUUACUUUCUGGUCAAUUGGAAGUAGACAGAGUUUACACAGCAGAGCAUGUCUUCUGGGUGAUUGUGAGUUCUGUUUUUGAGAGCAGGACCAGACUUGACCUAGGCUUUCCCUAACCAUAACAGAAAAACAACAACUAAUUUGUUUACAUUUACUGGAGUAGGCUUAACUAGAUGUUUCUGUGCUGUUAGGCCUACAUUUCAGUUUGCAUCCCGUUAAGCCAGAUGGUCUGCCAGCCAUUAUUACUGUGUCAUGACUCAUGUACAUGGAGAUUCAGAGUAACCUAAAACUUGACUGGUAGGUCUUCUGAGGUGUGUCCUUAUAAUUUAUUAGCGGGCAAUUCCACGGUAAUAGAGUGACACUGAGACUCAGAUUUUUCUCUUUAAAAUGUAUGUCAAGUAAAAACCAAUGAUUGCAAAGUUCAACAAACAAUACAACUAUGCACAUGGACUACUUUUAAAUAUGUCAACAAAAUUUAACAAAAACACAUUUACUAGAACGGUGCAGAUGCAAAGUUUGGUAACAGAAUGACGGUUUGGGCUGUUUGUGCCGUGAUUCUGUUACCAUGUAAUUGCCCUAGCCUAUCCUCUCUACCAUAGAGGCUGGACCUGUAUAUCUGGUCUCGGGUGACAAAGCCUUGAAUUUCUGGUGAAGGAAUCAACAGAAAUUUGACGAAGAGCUGUGAGACUUUGAAUCAGUGGCUUUACUAUCUUAUAGUAUUCUGACUUGGUAACAUGUGUAUCAACAUCAUAGGCUGCUGGUUUAAGAGUCAAGAAUGCAUGAUCAUUGACCAGGGUACAGACAGAGUUCUCUUCUGAAAGGUCAUGGGUUAGUCUAGCCUCAGCUUAGCUUCCCACACAACGUAGACGAAGACCUACUUAUUAAGGGAAGUGUGUGUUUGGGACAGGGCCAUUCUACUUCUCUACAUGCUCAACUAGGCCUAUAGUCUCCCUUGAGAUGAAUUACUUUUUCUGGACCAAAAUCUCUAGCUCAAGUAUAGUAACAAUGCUCUCAAUUUGUUAUGUAACCCAAUCCUAGUUGUGAAGCGUGAACACUGAGAUAAGGCGAAGGGCUCGGCUAUUGCAGAAAGAAAUACAAAGAUGUGAUCAAAACAACAACAGAUGGUAGAAUCACAGCCAUAUGGAUAUAAUCUGUUAUCUCUACAGUGAAGCAGUUGUGAUGGUGGUAAUACCGUAAAGGUAACUACGAGAUUCUACAAACCAUAAACAAUACCAUAGCCCCAUGCACUGGAGUCUUAUCUAGUAAUAUUAGCCUAAUAGUAGCCUAGUAGUAGUAGAAAAUGUUGUUGUUAUUAUUACGAAGAAGGUUGGUAGCACAGGUUGUCAUUCUGUUUCAUACCAAAUAGAAACUUAAUGGCAGCUAAACUAUCAAAUUGGUGGUGGUGUUGGAGAAUCAUCUGAGAGAAACUUUGAACAAAACACAAAUAUGACCUACCACGCUGCCAGACGCUCCUUUGUAUUAUCAACAACCCUAACAAUAACAUUGCCGCUGUUUCCCCAAAUGCAGAUUCGAUCUUUAAAUAGUGGACUGGACUGACAUGUAGCCUAUUGGGGAAUGGGGAUAUUCACGUAGUUAAUAUUUGAAGGUGUGUCGUCAUGAUUUGUUAUGACGUUAGGCCCAGGGUACAGUAGCCUAUAUUUGCUGAUACGGUUUAGAGAGGUGUGGAUGGACAUGGGUAGGCCUGAAGGUGUUUUUUGUUAUUCCACUGCAAAAGACCACCUAUUUUCUACCAACAGUGGCUGAAUAUACAGUUUGUUAUUUCAACCACAGUGAUGCUUUGUGUAACGGAGACCCACCAAGCCCAACCCAACCCUGGGUCAUACAGUGGGGGAAAAAAGUAUUUAGUCAGCCACCAAUUGUGCAAAUUCUCCCAUUUAAAAAGAUGAGAGAGGCCUGUAAUUUUCAUCAUAGGUACAUGUCAACUAUGACAGACAAAUUGAGGUAAAGAAAUCCAGAAAAUCACAUUGUAGGAUUUUUAAUGAAUUUAUUUGCAAAUUAUGGUGGAAAAUAAGUAUUUGGUCACCUACAAACAAGCAAGAUUUCUGGCUCUCACAGACCUGUAACUUCUUCUUUAAGAGGCUCCUCUGUCCUCCACUCGUUACCUGUAUUAAUGGCACCUGUUUGAACUUGUUAUCAGUAUAAAAGACACCUGUCCACAACCUCAAACAGUCACACUCCAAACUCCACUAUGGCCAAGACCAAAGAGCUGUCGAAGGACACCAGAAACAAAAUUGUAGACCUGCACCAGGCUGGGAAGACUGAAUCUGCAAUAGCUUGGUUUGAAGAAAUCAACUGUGGGAGCAAUUAUUAGGAAAUGGAAGACAUACAAGACCACUGAUAAUCUCCCUCGAUCUGGGGGGUCAAAAUGAUCACAAGAACGGUAAUCAAAAAUCCCAGAACCACACGGGGGGACCUAGUGAAUGACCUGCAGAGAGCUGGGACCAAAGUAACAAAGCCUACCAUCAGUAACACACUACGCCGCCAGGGACUCAAAUCCUGCAGUGCCAGACGUGUCCCCCUGCUUAAGCCAGUACAUGUCCAGGCCCGUCUGAAGUUUGCUAGAGUGCAUUUGGAUGAUCCAGAAGAGGAUUGGGAGAAUGUCAUAUGGUCAGAUGAAACCAAAAUAUAACUUUUUGGUAAAAACUCACCUCGUCGUGUUUGGAGGACAAAGAAUGCUGAGUUGCAUCCAAAGAACACCAUACCUACUGUGAAGCAUGGGGGUGGAAACAUCAUGCUUUGGGGCUGUUUUUCUGCAAAGGGACCAGGACGACUGAUCCGUGUAAAGGAAAGAAUGAAUGGGGCCAUGUAUCGUGAGAUUUUGAGUGAAAACCUCCUUCCAUCAGCAAGGGCAUUGAAGAUGAAACGUGGCUGGGUCUUUCAGCAUGACAAUGAUCCCAAACACACCGUCCGGGCAACGAAGGAGUGGCUUCGUAAGAAGCAUUUCAAGGUCCUGGAGUGGCCUAGCCAGUCUCCAGAUCUCAACCCCAUAGAAAAUCUUUGGAGGGAGUUGAAAGUCUGUGUUGCCCAGCAACAGCCCCAAAACAUCACUGCUCUAGAGGAGAUCUGCAUGGAGGAAUGGGCCAAAAUACCAGCAACAGUGUGUGAAAACCUUGUGAAGACUUACAGAAAACGUUUGACCUGUGUCAUUGCCAACAAAGGGUAUAUAACAAAGUAUUGAGAAACUUUUGUUAUUGACCAAAUACUUAUUUUCCACCAUAAUUUGAAAAUAAAUUCAUAAAAAAUCCUACAAUGUGAUUUUCUGGAAUUUUUUUCCUCAUUUUGUCUGUCAUAGUUGACGUGUACCUAUGAUGAAAAUUACAGGCCUCUCUCAUCUUUUUAAGUAGGAGAACUUGCACAAUUGGUGGCUGACUAAAUACUUUUUUUCCCCACUGUAUUUGUUAGGGCACAUCGUAGUAAAAUGUUUUGCAAUGGAAAACAAACAUUUGUAUUUCUUAUUGGUCAGGUUUAGGUAGUCCCUCCCUAUUUCUUCAGUUUGGUGCCAAAUGAAUGACCCACCCACCGCUGGCCUUUGUGUCCUUGUGCCAGAGAGAGCGAGAGAGGAAGUGAACAGGAAUAGUGCUGCUGACCAAGGAAGAGGCUGAGGAGAGGAUAGGGAUGUGCCUCCUCCCCAGUCCCCAGGCAUUGAUUUAUCACUGCUAGAAUAGAAUCAGUGGAGUGUGGCGUUUUCCUGUCAGUCUACACCCUGUCCCUGCAGCUGGCUGGUGCAGAUAGGCUACAGACCUAAACAACACAGGAUGGUGCAGAAUACAGAUAGGCUACAGACCUAAACAACACAGGAUGGUGCAGAAUACAGAUAGGCUACAGACCUAAACAACACAGGAUGGUGCAGAAUACAGAACCCAACACCGUUUGGUAGAGCUUUGUCUGUGUGCCAUAUUGUUGAUUGGUUGUUGUUUUGUAGGUUCACUGUUGAUUAGGUAUUAUCUGAUACUUGCUUGCCUAGCAUGACUACCAGUAUUAGGCCUAUUCCAUGUUUUAGAGGCGUGUAGCCUAGAUUCGUUGCUGGGUUGUCUUGCGAAUUGGUACGUUACUAAUGUUUUGUUUGAGUCUCAUUUAAAAACAAAACAACAUUUGAUCUGUCUAUCCCUCCCUCUCCACCACCUAUCUUCAUCUCUGACGUGUGUUGUCUGUUCUCUCCCUACAGGUGAGCUGACUCCUCUACCGAGCUGCGUUUGUUAGUCAGUCCAUCAAGCGGAUCCACCAAAGGGACCACCAGUGCAUGACAAGGAACACAACCAGUCUCCCAAAGAAGUGUCUGGUUGUGUCCCUCACCCUUCCUGCCCCGCCCACCUCAACUGACUCCACCCCCUGACCCUUGAACCCUGACCUCCAAGAUGAAACUAAAAGAGGACAUGAACCCGCUGCUUCUGCAAGUCUUCCGCUCGGUGGUCUGGGUCUACUCUGUCAUUACCUUCCUGCCAUGGUACCUCUUCUCGGGCGCCGGCACCAACCUAGACCGGGCACGGCGGGUCAAGGCGCGGUCGGUGAGCGGGCGCCCGGCGGGCCCUUACCGGGCGAUCAACCAGGCGGACGGUAGCCAUCAGAAGCUGGUGUGGUCCUUGCACCCGGGGGUGGACACCCUGGACAAGGUGAUGGUGCACGGGGCGACCAGGUUCCCAGAGCGGGACUGCCUGGGCACCAGAGAGGUGCUGAGCGAGGAGGACGAGCUCCAACCUAACGGGAAGGUCUUCAAGAAGGUGAGGAAGAGAGGGGAAAGUGGAUUUGAAUAGCUUUCUUGAUGUUAUGUGUGAGAUGUUGUGUUUAUGUUGUGCAUGAGAAAGGCCUCCUCGCUACUGUUGCAGUAGCACUAGGAGGACAUUAGAUGGCACUGUCUGACUGUUUGAAGGCUGCAGAGGUUGUUUAUGACUGGUUUUUAUAGUUAAUUCUGGGGUAAUAGUGCUGUCGGUGUGUGACUGUUUAGUAGUGUACUACUAGUAUGUGUUGUUUGUGAAGGUUAUCCUAGGGGAGUAUCAGUGGAUGUCGUACGAGGAGACCUACCAGUCAGCAGUGUGUUUUGGCAGUGGUCUGGCCGCACUGGGCCAGAGGCCUCAGUGUAACAUCGCCAUCUUCUGUGAGACCAGGGCGGAGUGGAUGAUCGCAGCACAGGCCUGCUUCAUAUACAACUUCCCAUGUGAGUGGUUAUGUGAAAGACAGUAACACACAUUAUAGCAGCACAGAAACACACACAGCACAGAAACUCACACACACACACCUUUUGUAGGAUGAAUCUCUAACCCCAGUGUGUUAUUCUACCAGUGGUGACGUUGUACUCUACUCUGGGCGGAGCGGCCAUCGCCCACGGUCUCAACGAAACAGAAAUCACCCACAUCAUCACCAGCAAAGACCUGCUACACAGCCGUCUCAAGGUAGGUUCUGCUAGCCUUGUCCUGUUCACUUCCUGCAAUGCCAUAUGAGACAGUACAAACUCUAGCCAGAUAUUGAAAUAUGCCCACAUUUUAAAUAGUCUUACCCCAUGUCCUGUUAUGUCAAACUAGACAGUACACACACCAGCGUUAUGUUUAUAUUGAAAAUAUGACCACAUUAUGAAUAGUUUUCACCCAUAAAUAUGCAUUGGAACUAGGGCUGUCCAAGUUAACGUGUUGUUAAUGCGUUAAUGCGUGACAUGUUUAUCAGCGUAAUGUUUUGGGAUGCUGUUAAUCGCAUCUCCAUUUCUUCACCGCAUGGAAUCUCUUAAGCUGACGUGUUUCCGCACGGACCAUUUUAAAGCAGAAAACAACACGGAACACAGUUCCAGUCAAUGCUUACAGCACUGAAGACCGUUUGCCUCUAGCCACAAUCAUGUAAAAGUUACGCCCAAUAUUACAGAAGCAAUGUUUUUUCUUCGGAUUCAUGAGCAUGUCAUGGGCCGUUUUAAACUACUCGCGAGCGGCUCUUUUUUGAUUUGAUAACAAAGGACAUUGUUUAGCUACAUGUUAACUUGUCCACUGACUAGGCUAUGCACACAUUUGGCACAGGAAGAACUGAAACGGGAUAGGUUACUCAAAGAGAUGCUUCAAAGGUAGGCUGCAUAUGCAAGAGUGGGGUGUGUGUGUGUGUGUGUGUGUGUGUGAGAGAGCGGGAAUAAGUGAGAGAGAGCGAGAGAGUGUGGAAGGGAGGGAGAGUGUUGAGGCCUAUGUGUGUGUGAAGUUCUCUGAACAGUACAGAUGGUUACUGUAUUUUCAUAACAUUGUUGGACAAGUUUAGCAUUCCUUUGUUCUUUGUAUCCAUAGAGCCAGUUAUUUUUUCCUAUAGUUACACGUAUUUAGAAUGCCUGAAGCUUUAACAGUACUUAAAGCUGUGUGUGUGCUUGUGUGUGUAUGUCUGUCCAACUGCAAUGUAGUCGAUCUCAAACACGCAUUUGACUUACUCAGUCAAUAGCUACUGACGCUCCCUUCUCUCCUUUCCUCCUCACCUCUCUGCCCAGGCCAUCCUGUUAGAGGUGCCUCGGCUGCAGCACAUCAUCGUGGUGGACAGUAAGCCAACCAGCUGGCCUGGCUUCCCCCGCGGCAUCAUGGUCCACAACUUGGACGCCGUGCAGGAGCUGGGCUCCAGACCCGACAACAGUAAGGAGGGAGAGUGGGGGUGGGUAGGGUGUGUGUGUGUUGGGGUCUAUGUGAUGUCUGACACGGUACAGUACUUCUGCCCUGUGUUCUUAGCGACUCUGUACCCAUAUUGCCCUCUUUGUCGUAUUCUACCAGAUUGUAUUAGCCCUGUGCUAUGUGUGUGACCUCUCUUGAAAGAGAGAUAGCUGUACUCUGACGCAUUGUGCCAUGUUCUGACCCAAAGGUCUUGGUCUAUGUGACCUCUCUAACCUCCCUGCUGCUCCCCUCUCUCUCUCUGUGGCUGUGUGUAGUGGCGGUGGCACGCCGGCAGCCCCUGCCCUCUGACAUCGCUGUCAUCAUGUACACCAGCGGCUCCACCGGCAUCCCCAAGGGCGUCAUGAUCUCCCAUAGCAACAUCAUCGCGGGCAUCACGGGCAUGGCAGAGCGCAUCCCAGACCUGGAGUACGUACAGAGCACUAUGGUGUCUUCUAGAUUCUCUCUCUCUUCAUCUUCUGUCUCUCACUGCCUCUCUUUCCCCUCGUGUGCCCUGAGCACUGUCUCUCUCUUUUUGUCUCUUUUCAUUAUUCUAUCUCUCUCUGCCACCUUUUCCCCUAUAGUAUGUCAACCUAUCUCUCUGUUUCUCCUCUCACUCCAUGCCUUUCUCCUUCUCUUUGUCUCUUUGUUUCUCUCACCUCCUCAGCGUCUCCUGCUCGCCAUCUCCUUCCCUCUGUAGUAUGUUGUGUGUCUGUAUGCUUGGCUGUUGAAUAAAAUGGUUUUGUUUCCAUUGGUGCAGUGAGACAGACACCUACAUUGGGUACCUACCGCUGGCUCAUGUUCUGGAGCUGAGUGCAGAGUUGGUGUGUAUCUCUCACGGCUGCUGCAUCGGAUACUCCUCCCCACAGACGCUAGCAGACCAGGUGCCCACACACACACGCCAAGACACAAUCACACACAUGCCAAGCACCACCACUAGAUCCCCUGUAAGCUCUCCUCCUGUUCUCUGUCCUCUCACUGAUCCACUCUCUCUUUCCUCUGUCUCUUCUCUCUCCAUCCCAGUCGACAAAGAUUAAGAAGGGCAGUAAAGGAGACACAAGUGUUCUGAAGCCUACACUCAUGGCUGCUGUACCGGUAAGCACCCAAUCAGACCUCUUCUACAUGUCCUCGUCUCCAAAGCGACCAUAAAAUAUAUAACAGUUAAUAUUCAGUUAAAUUAAACACCAGUACAAAUGAUAUGACCUGAGUAAGAUACACAGAACAUUUUGGAAUGGCCCCUUUAAUUGAAGAUAGCCUCCCUCCUAUAGGAAAUCAUGGAUCGUAUCUAUAAGAAUGUGAUGACCAAGGUGGAGGAGAUGAGCAGUGUACAGAGAACCCUGUUUGUGUUGGCCUACAACUAUAAGAUGGAACAGAUCACCAAGGGCUACAGCACCCCGCUCUGUGACAGGUAACACACACACACACACACACACACACACACACACACACAUACCUGUUGCACAGCAAACACAUGCAUGUGCACACACACACACAAUGAGUAAUGAUUGAUAGACAGACUAUAAUUCACUUUUUUCCCCUUUCUUUCAUUCACUCACACACUUGCUCAGUGGUGCGCACAACAAACAAACCAAUACUACUGAUAUAGCUUGUGGCAUUGCUGUGGGGUAUUCCUGCAUUAAAAAUAAACACAAGAUUCACAUAGAGUUUUACUGUGUGGUGAAUGACUUGGUGUUAUAGCUACAGUGCCUUCAGAAAGUAUUCAUACCCCUUGACUUAUUCCACAUUUUGUUGUUAUAGCCUAAAUUCGAAAUGGAUUUAAAAAAUGUUUUCUCACCCAUCGGCACACAAUACGCCAUAAUGACAAAGUGAAAACAUGUUUUUAAAACUUGUUGCACAUUUAUUGAAAAUUAAAUAAAGAUAUCUCAUUCCUCUGUAGCUCAGCUGGUAGAGCACGGCGCUUGUAACGCCAAGGUAGUGGGUUCGAUCCCCGGGACCACCCAUACACAAAAAUGUAUGCACGCAUGACUGUAAGUCGCUUUGGAUAAAAGCGUCUGCUAAAUGGCAUAUUAUUAUUAUUAUUAUUAUUAUUAUUAUUACGUAAGUAUUCACACCUUUGAGUUAAUACUUUGUAGAAGCACCUUGGGCAGCGAUUACAGCUGUGUCUUUCUGGGUAAGUCUCUAAGAGCUUUCCACACAUUUGCCCAUUGUUAUUUUCAAUAUUAUUCAAGCUCUGUCAAAUUGGUUGUUGAUCAUUGCUAGACAACCAUUUUCAGGUCUUGCCAUAGAUUUCAAGUAGAUUUAAGUAAAAACUGUAACUCGGCCACUCAGGAACAUUCACUGCCUUCUUGGUAACCAACUCCAGUGUAGAUUUGGCCUUGUGUUUUAGGUUUAUUGUCCUGAUGAAAGAUGAAUUCAUCUCCCAGUGUCUGGUGGAAAGCAGACUGAACCAGGUUUUCCUCUAGGAUUUUGCCUGCGCUUAGCACCAUUCAGUUUCUUUUUUAUCCUGAAAUUCCCCAGUCCUUAACGAUUACAAACAUACUCAUGACAUGAUGCAGCCACCACUAUGCUUGAAAAUAUGGAGAGUGGUACUCAGUAAUGUGUUCUAUUGGAUUUGCCCCAAACAUAACACUUUGUAUUCAGGACAAAAAGUGAAUUACUUUGCCACAUUUUUUGUAGUAGUACUUUAAUGCCUUGUUGCAAACAGGAUGCAUGUUUUGGAAUAUUUGUAUUCUGGACAGGAUUCCUUUUCACUCUGUCAUUAGUAUUGUUGAGUAACUACAAUGUUGUUGAGCCAUCCUCAGUUUUCUACAAUCACAGCCAUUAAACUCGGUAACUGUUUUAAAGUCACCAUUGGCAUGGUGAAAUCCCUGAGCGGUUUCCUUCAUCUACGACAACUGAGUUAGGAAGGACACCUGUAUCUAGUGACUGGGUUUAUUGAUACACCAUCCAAAGUGUAAUUAAUAACUUCACCAUGCUCAAAGGGAUAUUCAAUGUUGUCUUUUUUAGUUUUUUACCCAUCUACCAAUAGAUGCCCUUCUUUGCGAGGUAUUGGAAAACCUCGCUGGUCUUUGUGGUUGAAUCUGUGUUUGAAAUUCACUGCUCGAUUGAAGAACCUUACUAUUAUCUGUAUGUGUGGGGUACAGAGAUGAGGUAGUCAUUCAGAAAUCAUGUUAAACACUUAUUGCACACAGUGACUCCAUGCAAGUUAUUAUUUGACUUGGUAAGCACAUUUUUACUCCUGAACUUAUUUAGGUUCGUCAUAACAAAGGGGUUGAAUACUUAUCGACUCAAGACAUUUCAGCUUUUCAUUUUUAAUUAAUUUGUAAAAAAUUCAAAGAACAUAAUUCCACUUUGACAUUAUGGGGUAUUGUGUGUAGGCCAGUGACAAAAUCUCAAUUGAAUUCAUUUUAAAUUCAGGCUGGAACACAACAAAAUCUGGAAAAAGUCAAGGCGUGUGAAUACUUUCUGAAGGCACUGUAUCCUCUGACUCACUGUCAUAUCCUCUUCUCUGUCUUAUUUUCUUCUUUCUCUCCCUCUCUCCAGUCUGGUGUUUAAGAAGGUGCGCUCAUUGUUGGGGGGUCACAUGAGGGUGCUGCUGUCGGGCGGAGCGCCCCUUUCUGCCGCCACCCAGCGCUUCAUGAACAUCUGCCUCUGCUGUCCCGUGGGCCAGGGCUACGGCCUCACCGAGACCUGCGGAGCUGGCACCAUCAGCGAGAGUAAGAGAGAGAGGGAGAGGGGGAUGGAGGGUAGAUGGAGGAGAUAGUUCCAGUAAGAUGGGAGGAUAAAGGAGAAGGUUGUUUGUAGACUCCCGCUGCCUGGAAGAGCGAGAUGGGGUGUGAUAGAGAGAAAGCCAAGUGAUUGUACACACUAGUGUGCUAUUCUAUGUUCUCACACUUAUUUUUUCUCUCUCUGUGUCAGUGUGGGACUACAGCACAGGCCGGGUCGGAGCUCCUCUGGUCUGCUCUGAGAUCACCCUCAAGGACUGGGAAGAGGGUGAGCACAUCGCAUUGGGACUGUAGAAUGGGUGAUAGUAGGGGAGGGCUGGGAAGAGAACAGGUGAGACUGGAGGGUGGAUGUCAGUGGGUUGGGCCGGGAGGGUGGAGGUGAGUGGGUUUGGGGGCUUGGGUGAAUGAAACUUGCAUUGGAAAGGGUGGCGCUGAAGAUACUUUGGAGAUAGCCUUCUCCUUCUCUUCCCCAGGCGGUUACUACAGCACGGACAAGCCCAACCCGAGAGGUGAGAUUGUGAUUGGCGGGCCCAACGUGACCAUGGGUUACUACAAGAACGAGGUGAAGAACCGUGAGGACUUCUUCAUGGACAGCAACGGCCAGCGCUGGUUCUGUACGGGAGACAUCGGAGAGCUCCACCCUGACGGCUGCCUCAAGAUCAUCGGUGACGAACCUGGCGACAAAGAGAACAUUCUAGACUAGAGACCCCUAGCUUAGGCGCAGAACAUGUGAUAUCUCAUCAGUAGUGGAAGGGGGAUUGUGGUGUGUGUGUGUCUUAACAGUGUGUUCCUCCUGUGUAGACCGUAAGAAGGACCUGGUUAAACUCCAGGCUGGGGAGUAUGUGUCUCUGGGGAAGGUGGAGGCCAUGCUGAAGAACUGCCCUUUCGUAGACAACAUCUGUGCUUACGCAAACAGGUAACAAUGCACAUAUUACUGUAUAUACCACCCGUGUGACUAGACUCUAUAUAUACACUCCCCUCCGUAUGUAUUUGGACAUUGAAGCUAAAAUUCUAUACUCCAGCAUUUUGGAUUUGAGAUCAAAUGUCUCAUGAGGUGACGGUACAGAAUGUCACCUUAUAUUUGAGGCUAUUUUCAUACAUAUCUGUUUUAAUGUUUAGAAAUGAAAGCACUAUGUAUCUAGUCCCCACAUUUGAAGGCGUCAAGUAGUUGGACAAAUUCACUUAUAAGUAUUCAAAAGUUGAGUAUUUGUUCCCACAUUCAUUGCACACAAUGACCACAUCAAGCUUGUGACUCUACAAACUUGUUGGAUGCAUUUUCAGUUUGUUUGGAUUAUGUUGUGCCCAAUAGAAAUGAAUGGUAAAUAAUGUAUUGAGCCAUUUUGGAGUCACUUUUAUUGUAAAUAAGAAUAUAAUGUUUCUGAACACUUCUACAGUGAGGGAAAAAAGUAUUUGAUCCCCUGGUGAUUUUGUACGUUUGCCCACUGAAAAAGACAUGAUUAGUCUAUAAUUUUAAUGGUAGGUUUAUUUGAACAGUGAGAGACAGAAUAACAACAACAAAAUCCAGAAAAACGCAUGUCAAAAAUGUUAUGAAUUGAUUUGCAUUUUAAUGAGGGAAAUAAGUAUUUGACCCCUCUGCAAAACAUGACUUAGUACUUGGUGGCAAAACCCUUGUUGGCAAUCACAGAGGUCAGACGUUUCUUGUAGUUGGCCACCAGGUUUGCACACAUCUCAGGAGGGAUUUUGUCCCACAGCCUCUUUGCAGAUCUUCUCCAAGUCAUUAAGAUUUCGAGCCUGACGUUUGGCAACUCGAACCUUCAGCUCCCUCCACAGAUUUUCUACGGGAUUAAGGUCUGGAGACUGGCUAGGCCACUCCAGGACCUUAAUGUGCUUCUUCUUGAGCCACUCCUUUGUUGCCUUGGCCGUGUGUUUUGGGUCAUUGUCAUGCUGGAAUACCCAUCCACGACCCAUUUUCAAUGCCCUGGCUGAGGGAAGGAGGUUCUCACCCAAGAUUUGACGGUACAUGGCCCCAUCCAUCGUCCCUUUGAUGCGGUGAAGUUGUCCGGUUCCAUUAGCAGAAAAACACCCCCAAAGCAUAAUGUUUCCACCUCCAUGUUUGACGGUGGGGAUGGUGUUCUUGGGGUCAUAGGCAGCAUUCCUCCUCCUCCAAACAUGGCGAGUUGAGUUGAUGCCAAAGAGCUCGAUUUUGGUCUCAUCUGACCCCAGCACUUUCACCUAGUUCACCAUGUUCAUUGGCAAACUUCAGACGGCCCUGUAUAUGUGCUUUCUUGAGCAGGGGGACCUUGCGGGCGCUGCAGGAUUUCAGUCCUUCAUGGCGUAGUGUGUUACCAAUUGUUUUCUUGGUGACUAUGGUCCCAGCUGCCUUGAGAUCAUUGACAAGAUGCUCCUGUGUAGUUCUGGGCUGAUUCCUCACCGUUCUCAUGAUCAUUGCAACUCCACGAGGUGUGAUCUUGCAUGGAGCCCCAGGCCGAGGGAGAUUGACAGUUAUUUUGUGUUUCUUCCAUUUGCGAAUAAUCGCACCAACUGUUGUCACCUUCUCGCUGCUUGGCGAUGGUCUUGUAGCCCAUUCCAGCCUUGUGUAGGUCUACAAUCUUGUCCCUGACAUCCUCGGAGAGCUCUUUGGUCUUGGCCAUGGUGGAGAGUUUGUAAUCUGAUUGAUUGAUUGCUUCUGUGGACAGGUGUCUUUUAUACAGGUAACAAGCUGAGAUUAGGAGCACUCCCUUUAAGAGUGUGCUCCUAAUCUCAGCUCGUUACCUGUAUAAAAGACACCUGGGAGCCAGAAAUCUUUCUGAUUGAGAGGGGGUCAAAUACUUAUUUCCCUCAUUAAAAUGCAAAUCAAUUCAUAACAUUUUUGACAUGCGUUUUUCUGGAUUUUGUUGUUGUUAUUCUGUCUCUCACUGUUCAAAUACGCCUAGCAUUAAAAUUAUAGACUGAUAAUUUCUUUGUCAGUGGGCAAACGUACAAAAUCAGCAGGGGAUCAAAUACUUUUUUCCCUCACUGUACAUUAGUGUGGAUGCAAUUAUGAUUACGGGAAAUCAUAAAUUAAUUGUGAAUAAUGAUGAGUGAGAAAGUUACAGACACACACACAUUAUACCUCCAAGACAUGCUAACCUCCCCUGUUAGUUGGUAAUGUUGAGAGGUUAGCAUGUCUUUCUCACUCAUGAAAAAUGUAUCCUGUGAAGAGACCUCUGGUUGCAUGUCUUGUGUUGUACCCGAUGAGUGUCCGAACUGUGUCAACUGCUUGAACAGACAGUUCGGUACCUUCAACACAUCAAUACCUUGCACAAAGAUCAAUAGUGAUGCAGUCAAUCUCUCCUCAACUUUGAGCCAGGAGAGACUGACAUGCAUGUUACUGACACUUUCCCUCUGUGUACAUCUAAAUGUGAUACGUGCUGCUUUGUUCUGGACCAACUGCAAUUUACCCACAGUUGAAGUCGGAAGUUUACAUACACCUUAGCCAAAUACAUUUAAACUCAGUUUUUCACAAUUCCUGACAUUUAAUCCUAGUAAAAAUUCCCUGUUUUAGGUCAGUUAGGAUCACCACUUUAUUUUAAGAAUGUGAAAUGUCAGAGUAAUAUUAUUUCAGCUUUUAUUUAUUUCAUCACAUUCCCAGUGGGUCAGAAGUUUACAUACACUCAAUUAGUAUUUGGUAGCAUUGCCUUUAAAUUGUUUAACUUGGGUCAAACGUUUCGGGUAGCCUUCCACAAGCUUCCCACAAUAAGUUGGGGGAAUUUUGGCCCAUUCCUCCUGACAGAGCUGGUGUAACUGAGUCAGGUUUGUAGGCCUCCUUGCUUGCACACGCUUUUUCGGUUCUGCUCAAAUUUUUUCUAUAGGACUGAGGUCAGGGCUGUGUGACGGCCACUCCAAUAACUUGACUUUGUUGUCCUUAAGCCAUUUUGCCACAACUCUGGAAGUAUGCUUGGGGUCGUUGUCCAUUUUUGGAAGACCCAUUUGCGACCAAGCUUUAACUUCCUGACUGAUGUCUUGAGAUUUUGCUUCAAUAUAUCCACAUAAAUUUCCUUCCUCAUGAUGCCAUCUAUUUUGUGAAGUGCACCAGUCCCUCUUGCAGCAAAGCACCCCCACAGCAUGAUGCUGCCACCCCCAUGCUUCACAGUUGGGAUGGUGUUCUUCGGCUUGCAAGCCUUCCCCUUUUUCCUCCAAACAUAACGAUGGUCAUUAUGGCCAAACAGAGGACAUUUCGCAAAAAAGUCCCCAUGUGCAGUUGCAAACCGUAGUCUGGCUUUUUUAUGGCGGUUUUGGAGCAGUGGCUUCUUCCUUGCUGAGCGGCCUUUCAGGUUAUGUCGAUAUCGGAUUUGUUUUACUUGGAAUAGAUACUUUUGUCCUGUUCCUCCAGCAUCUCACAAGGUCUUUGCUGUGUCGGAUGAUUUGCACUUUUCGCACCAAAGUACGUACCCUCUAGGAGACAGAGCGCGUCUCCUCCUGACGUAUGAGGUGGUGUUCCUGUGUUAAUGCGUUCAUUGUUUGUACAGAUAACGUGGUACCAUUAGGCCCGUUUGGACAUUUCCAAGAUAACCAGAUUGUGGAGUGCAAACCCAUUUUUUUUCGAGUCUUGGCUGAUUUCUUUUGAUACAUCCACAGGUACACCUCCAAUUGACUCAAAUUAUGUAAAUUAGCCUAUCAGAAGCUUCUAAAGCCAUGACAUCAUUUUCUGGAAUUUUCCAAGCUGUUUAAAGGCACAGUCAACUUAGUGUAUGUCAACUUCUGACCCACUGGAAUUGUGAUACAGUGAAUUAUAAGUGAAAUAAUCUGUCUGUAAAAAAAAAUAUUUUGUCAUGCACAAAGUAGAUGUCCUAACCGACUUGCCAAAACUAUAGUUUGUUAACAAGAUAUUUGUGGAGUGGUUGAUAAACAAGUUUUAAAGACUCCAACCUAAGUGUAUGUAAACUUACGACUUCAACUGUAUGUCCUUCUUUGCCGCACAUGACACACACAGCUGGGCACUAGUCCAGGUGCGACAAAACUAGGACAUGUAGAACCUGUCUGGUCAACUGAGAUGUCAAGAAGGCAGAGCAAUGCCCUAUCAUGGACAGACCUCUUCCCAUUUUAGCAACCAUUGAGUGUAUAUGUUUUGACCAUGACAGCUUGCUAUCUAGGGUUGCACCCAGCAGUUUAGUCUCCUCAACUUGCUCAAUAGCCACAUUAUUAAAUAAUCGAUCUAAAUGACGUUGAGCGAGUGAUUUGUCCCAAAAAUGAUGCUUUUAGUUUUUGAACUAUUUAGCACCAGCCUAUUGCUAGUUACCCAUUCUAAAACUGACUGGAGCUUUAUGUCUCAGUUAUUUAUUUUACUGUUGCAGCCGACGUGUAUACUGUUGAGACAUCAGCGUACAUAGACACACAGGCUUUAUUCAAGGUCAGUGGAAGGUCAUUUGUAAAAACAGAAAACAAUAAUGGCCCAAGCCGGCUGCUCUGUGGUUCACCACACUCAACUGAAUUUGCAUGAGAGGCUUCCAUUAACGAAAACCCUCUGUGUUCUAUUAAAUUGGUAACUCUCAAUCCAUGAUAAGGCAGAGGAUGCAAAUCCAUAAAGCCUACGUUUUUUCAGCAAUAGGUUAUGAUCAAUGACAUCAAAAGCUGCACUGAAGUCUAACAAAACAGCUCCCACAAUCUUCUUACUCCAGAGAUUUUUACUAUCAUUCUUUAUAUCAUUUAUCUUUGUUCCAUAGUAUAGUUUCUUCUUCUUUUUGUUUAGUUUAGUCACGUGAUUUCUCAAUUUACUGUAUGUUUGCCAGUCUGCUGUGUUGUCAGACUUAUUUGCUAUUCCCUGAUUGUCUGUCUCUUUGUCAACUCUUUCCAUCUCUAUUUCUGUCACAAUGUCUCCAUCUCCUGUCUGUGCCACCCACGUUCUACCUCUCUCUCACUCGCUCUCUUUGUCUUUCUGACAAAUUUCUCUCUCCAUCCUAUAUCCCAGGGGUUCCCAACCUUUUCCCCCCAUGGACCCCUAUUUCAACGUGUUAAAUGCACCACCAGGUUCCUGCAAUUCUACGUAGUUUAACAUAUCUAUUUUUGGGUAUGCUAUUACAUGAUAAUGAUCUACGAAAUCAAGUCUAGCCCGUAUUUGAUGUUAUUUUCCUACCAAAUAUGUUGUAAUAUUGUAAUUCCCAUUAAAAGAGAAGUCUCCCCCCCCCCCCCCCCCCCCUUCCCUCAAAUCAAUUAAGGCCCUGCAAUUCCCUCAGGACACUUUGGGGACCCCUAGGUUGGGAACCACUGCUCUAUCCUAUUCUCUUUCUCCCAAUCUCUACCUUUAUUAACUCAUAUUAUUCUCACUAUUUUAUUAUUCUAAUAAUAUAAAAAGGAAAUACAAAUAUACUGUAUUGGCUUAAUAAAACUAACACUACUUCUCUCCCUAUUUCCUCUCCUUCUCACUUAGUGACCAGUCAUAUGUGAUUGGCUUUGUGGUGCCCAAUCAAAAGCAGCUGACAGUGUUGGCAGAGCAGAGAGGGUUACGGGGCAGCUGGGAGGAGAUCUGUAACAACCCUGACAUGGAGAGAGACGUCCUCCGCAUCAUCACAGAGGCCGCCCUGUCAGGUAUGAUGGAGGGGAGGGAAGGGAUGGAGGGAGGGAGGGAGGGAGGGAGGGAGGAAAGUAAGGGUUAGUUAGGGAAGAGGGGGAUGGAGGGAAGAGGAGAAAGAAAAAGGGGUAAUGAGAGAGGGAUGGAGGGGACGAUGAGAGACUAAUGGAGGGAGGUAGGGGUCUCUGGUUGUAACAAGAGUAUUGUUUCUCCUCCUAACCCUCACCCAUCUUUAUGGCCAUAACGUCUCUAAAGUCCAGUGUUGUGUUUCCUCCAGCCAAACUUGAGGGCUUUGAGAUCCCUAAGAAGAUCUGUCUGAGUGCAGAGCCCUGGACCCCAGAGACUGGCCUGGUCACGGACGCAUUCAAACUCAAACGCAAGGAGCUUAAAUCACAUUACCAAGAUGACAUCGAAAGGAUGUACGGUGGCAAGUAA